CGGUUUCACCUAACACUCAAACAAGAUUGUGCAAAACAGGUGACAUCGGUGUUGUGUUGAGCAGUUCUUCAAAGCAUCUUCUCAGUCUCUUUAGCAGAGAAUUUUUUCUACAUUCAAGAGUGAAAAUGAUGAAUUAUGAAGUGACCGUGUUCACUGGCAAUCUGGCCUUUGCCACCACUUUUAACAAUGUCUACAUUAAGCUGGUUGGCACAGAUGGAGAGAGCAAGCACACACGUCUGACGAAGUGGAAACCUUCUUUCUACAGAGGAGCAGAGUCACACUUUGACUUAUCCUGUUCAACCUCCCUUGGAAAGCUGGUGCUGAUAGAGCUGGACAAAGAGACAAAGUUUCUUGCAGACUCUUGGUAUGCUGCCAGGGUGAAAGUGACUUCCCCUGAAGGAGACACCUACCACUUCCCAAUCUACCACUGGAUCACUGACGGUGUAGUGCAUUGCUUCAGAGAGGGUGCAGCUCUUAGAAUCUUUGAAGACAGCAACAGUCUUUUUGGCAAAUACAGCAGACAACAGGAGCUGGACCAGCAACGGGAAAUUUAUCGCUGGGAUGUGUAUGAAGAGGGAAUUCCCCACUGCAUAAAGGCAGACAGCUUUCAAUCCCUGCCUUGUGACAGCUGCUUCUCAUUGACUAAGACUGCAGAGAUGGCUUUUACUGCAGUUACAGGAUUGGCAGAACUGGAACUGAUAAAAAUAGCUGAGUGUAAGAGAAAUUUUACUAGUAUUGAGGAUAUUAGUCACCUGUUAUGUGUUCACCGUACAGAAAAAUCAGAAUAUGUUCGCAAACAUUGGAAGGACGAUAUUUUCUUUGGCUACCAAUUCCUAAAUGGCAUCAACCCUAUGUUGAUCCAACGCUGUACCACACUGCCCAAGAACUUUCCUGUCACUGAUAACAUGGUCUUCCCCCAUGGUCAGCAUAGUUUGGCAGAUGAAAUAGAGAAGGGCAACAUCUUUCUGUGUGACUACAAACUUUUGGAUGGAAUCGAGGGAAACACCAUCAAUGGGAAGAAGCAGUACUUGAUGGCCCCCCUCAUUCUUCUCCAAAAAACCUGUGAUGGCAACAUGAUACCAGUUGCUAUUCAGCUGAAGCAGAAACCAGCAGAGGACAACCCGAUCUUUCUUCCUACUGAUUCUGAGUACGACUGGUUGAUUGCAAAGAUCUUUGUGAAAAGUGCUGAUUUUAACUUUUUUGAACUCAGUGUUCACCUGCUGCGCACUCACAUGCUGGUUGAGGUUUACACCCUGUCACUGCUGCAAAACUUGCCCAUGGUGCAUCCUCUGUACAAGCUUCUCAUACCUCACACUCGAUACACUCUUGAGAUUAACUUCUUAGCUCGGAAAUUGCUGCUAUCUAAGGACGGAGAUUUGGCUAAGUUCACAUCUUCUGGUGGAGAGGGUGCCAUGACGAUCCUAAAAAGGUCAAUGUCCUCACUGACCUACAGCUCCCUCUGCAUCCCAGAUGAUAUUGCAGAGCGUGGGCUGGAUGAUGUGCCAAACUUCUGCUACAGAGAUGAUGGACUGAAGCUCUGGGAAAUCAUCCACAGGUUUGUGAAGAGUGUGCUGUGCCACUACUACAAGACUGAUGAUGAGGUGCAACAAGACUCUGAACUGCAGAACUGGAUUCGGGAAAUUUUUGAACAUGGAUUUCUUUCACAAGAAAGCUCAGGAAUUCCACAGAAAUUCACCAGUGUUGAUGAGAUGGUCAAAUUUGUCACCAUGGUGAUCUUCACUUGCUCAGCCCAACACUCAGCUGUCAACUCUGGACAGUAUGACUUUGGUGCCUGGAUGCCCAACAGUCCUACUUCUUUGCAGCUUCCUCCACCAACCAAAAAGGGGACAGCAAGUGAACAAUCAAUGCUGGACUCAUUCCCUGAUGUUAACACAACAGUUCAUGGCAUGGCCAUCUUGUGGCUACUCAGUAAGCAGUCCUCUGACUCUCUCUUUCUCGGCCAGUACCCAGAUCAGCAUUUCACUGAAGACGUUCCCCACCAGAAGAUAAGGGAAUUUCAAGAAGACCUCAAAAAGCUGAGCGCUGAUAUCAAAGCCAGGAACAAGAGUUUGAAGCUGCCGUACACAUACCUGGAUCCAGCUGAGGUUGAAAACAGUGUGUCCAUUUGA